CACAAUGCUGUUAAGCCUAUCUCUCCCAUCCUUUCCGCCGCUUAGAAUAUGGCCAAGAAGAAGUGGUAUGCAGUCACCGCUGGACGAGACGUCGGAUUGUUCAAUAACUGGUUAGUGCAGUUCUUUAAUUUUGCGUUAUUAUUUAAUCACGUCCCUGGCAGGCUACUUGUCGCGCCACUGGUCAUUGGCGUCUCUGAGUCACACUAUGUGAGCUUUACCUGUGAAGAAGAUGCCUGGAAGGCAUAUGAGGAAGCGAGAGACGAAGGAAACAUACGAAUUCUCCCGGGUGGUGCCAAACCCAAGUCGUCGCGAUCACCGCGUAUGGGAGGAAGUCAUUCGCAAAACGACAAAAACCGUCGUCCAUCUGCUAAUCCCGAGCCAUCACGAGGAUUUGCGACGAGUUCUGGCAAGACCGUGCCAAGUACUGCUACUGUAACUUCUCCAGAGACUGUAACGCUUGUAGGGGGGAGCUCUCCUGCGAGACCGGCGUCGCGUGAGAGAGCUUCCUCCUCCAAGUCUGCUGCAGCGCCACAUUCCCGCUUGUCGUCUAGCAAGGACGCCCCAGCUUCGCCAGCACCUCCAACCAGGUCUACCAAGGCAGAUGAAUUUGUGCGCCUCUACGUCGCCGCUUCCAAGGCGAAGAGCCGACGCGUCUCUUCGAGUACCUCUCGUGAAAGUACUAGCCCCGGUGUAGGGAGUUCCACCACGCCCGUUAUUUCCCGUACUAGACGCGUCGUAGUCGGAGAACCUUCUUUCCUUCGUCCGUAUCCUGACGAACCUGAAAGCUCUGACGACGAGCAGUCCGUGUCGAAUGCUGAUUUACUGAGCCCUCUCACAUCUCCUCGACUACACACUCCGGAACCUUAUGAGGGACCGUUGAUCCCUUCGUCACAGACUCCAGAGUCUUCGAGAUGCAGGCAGCCUGACGACAUAGAUAGUCUGGCUAGUAUAAUGUCGGCAAUGGGCCUGGCUCCUUCUCAAGUGACUGUUGGGCCAUCGUAUGAUGCCGUGGCGGACCCCCGUUCACCUCUCGCAAGGACGGCUUCAAUUCCUCGAGAUAGAAGGCCGUUCGGUCGCCCUUCUCCGAAUUACAGUCUUGGUGCUUUGAUAGGACCGGAUUAAUGAUGAAUUUUGAUUCUUUUGUUGCUAUAUCUUGUGCUUUUAUUUUGCUGUUCAAUCUUGCAUGUAUACUUUCCUAUCGAAGCUGUAGAAAUAAAAUAAGUGCUACCAUGUGAAUGCUGUGC